AUUGAACGCGCAUGGUAUGCUGGGACUCUGCAGGCUCGGGCAAUAACGCCAUCUUUAAACCCCAGAAAGAGCCACCGUUUAGCACCGGGAUCAGCAACUCACUGGUUCCGUCUGGAGAUUAAAAUUCAGCGCGCUCCACCGGCUCCUAAACCAACUAUAAACGCUGGCAAUUGUUUACUUUAUUAUUUAAACAACGCCAGAGGCUAAUCGAAUGAUUACAGGACAAUCAAUACCAAACAGCAAGGAAAGGCGGAAAAGCAGCGAUCAAGCAAACAAGGCGUUGUUAUUUAGCGAGUUAGCUACCAGGCUAGCGAGUGCAUUAAGAUUCAGAAAACGUUGAUUUAUAAAGGCGUUUUUUUCGCUUCUUUGUUGUUGUUAGCUGCGCUUGGUUUAGGCUCGACUGCGUGGUCGCAGUAGGUUCCGACUUCUCCCCCUCCCCCGCCGCCCGGCCGGAGAUGAGUGGAAGAUGUCGGUUUCGGGGCUGAAGGCCGAAUUGAAGUUUCUGGAGUCCAUUUUUGAUCCAAACCACGAACGCUUCCGAAUUAUCGAUUGGAAGCCGGACGAGCUCAGUUGCCAGUUUAACGUAACCGGAGAAAAACUUCUGAUCAUCCACUGCAACAUCACGGAGUCCUACCCCUCAACGCCCCCAAUAUGGUUUGUGGACUCCGAUGACCCGAGCCUGACUCAGGUGCUGGAGCGCCUUGAGGAUGUGAGGAAAGGCAGCACUCUGCUCCUGCAGCAGCUGAAACGGCUCAUCUGUGACUUGUGCCGGCUCUACAACCUGCCCCAGCACCCGGAUGUGGAGAUGCUGGACCAGCCCCUCCCCGCCGGCCCAGUAGGCCAGGACAGAAAGCAUGGAACAACUGAUGAAGUCACAUCCGAGGAAGAGGAGGAAGAAGAGAUGGGAGAGCAGGACAUUGAAGACCUGGACCACUACGAGAUGAAAGAGGAGGAACCGGUGGACGGGAAAAAGUCUGAGGAUGAGGGGAUUGAGAAGGAGAACCUGGCCAUCCUGGAGAAGAUCCGAAAGAACCAGAGGCAGGACCACUUGAACGUAAGUGCUCAUUCGGGGGCGGUGUCUGGCUCCGUACAGGCCUCAGACCGACUCAUGAAGGAGCUCAGGGAGAUCUACAGGUCACAGAGUUAUAAGACAGGGAUCUAUUCGGUUGAACUUGUCAAUGACAGUCUUUAUGAGUGGCACGUCAAGCUGAGAACGGUAGACCCAGAUAGCCCAUUGCACAGUGACCUGCAAGUUUUAAAGGAGAAGGAGGGCAUGGACUACAUUCUCCUCAAUUUCUCAUAUAAAGAUAAUUUCCCAUUUGAUCCGCCUUUCGUACGGGUAGUGUCACCCGUCCUUUCUGGAGGUUACGUUCUUGGAGGAGGUGCCCUGUGCAUGGAGCUUCUCACGAAACAGGGUUGGAGCAGUGCCUAUUCCAUAGAGUCUGUCAUCAUGCAGAUUAAUGCCACUUUAGUCAAAGGAAAAGCCAGAGUGCAGUUUGGAGCCAAUAAGAACCAGUACAAUCUUGCCAGAGCACAACAGUCAUACAAAUCCUUGGUUCAGAUUCAUGAAAAGAAUGGCUGGUACACACCCCCGAAAGAGGACGGCUAAGGAGGAGGCCUCCCCGUGUGUGCGCUGGGACCACUUGUCUUAGGGUCAACUCUUUUUCCCCUUUUAUUUUUGUUUUCCUAUUUUUUAUUUUUUCCCCUCUGACUGAAGUUUUCUUUAUCGGGAGUGUGACCCCAACCAGCUUUGACCCAUUUGGUGACCAUGAAAUCUAACGGGUAAAAUCUCCUAACUGACCUCUCCACCCACAGAACAACAGGCAACCCCUCCCCAGCUCCUCUCUUCCUCUCCCUCUGCCUCUCUCCCUCCUUCCUCUGUCCAUUUCUCUUCCAGCCUAAACCAAGGGAAACUCCUCCUCUCUUUCCUUCCCUCUUUCUCUCCCACCCAUUAUCCUUCCACAGUCCUGAGUGAACUACUGCAAUUCAUGGGCUAUUCUGUUUUUCUCUUCACUUGCCAAGAUACAUUUUUUUUUAUUAUUUUUUUUUAAAGCUUGGUUCAGAAUGAAACCCAUCUGUGAGCCACAGCGUACACAGCUGGAGGCUGCGAACUCGCUGAUUGCCGUGCGCUGAGCUUGGCUAACAGUGAAGCGGCGCAGAGGGGCGUAUCUGGGCUUAUCUUGUAAAAUCUUCACGGAAGCCAAAAAUUUCAAGCGAGAGAAAAGGACUGGCGUUGUGUCCAGGCUUUGCCGCGUGUGGAAGGGACGUGUUGGCCUGGGGCUGGGGCAGGUCCAGCCGGACGCUCGCUGCGUCCUGUUUGUGAUGCAGGACAGAGCCACUCCAGCCACGGCAAGGCGACAGCCUGGCCUCGAAGCUCCAGCUGGAUUUACACACUCUUCAUUUGCUUUAUUCUCUCUUGACAUUUUUUUCUCUCUCCAUUUUAUGUAAUAAAAUCUUCCUGUAUAAAAUGCUAAAAUUCUAAAAGGAAUAACACGCCGGAGAUGUUUUAUUGUCCUGCUCGUAUAAUAACCUGUCAGCGCGAGUCCAAAAGAAAAUGGAGGAGAUGGCAGGGCUUCAUUAGAGAUCUCCUGUUGUCUAAUGACCGAGAUCAAGUCAUCCGUCACCUCCGCGUCUCCUUAGGCACCAUGAUGUAUGACUCUUUGGGCAGCAGAGUGACAGGUGCCCCAGCCGAGCAAGAGGCAAGUCGAAUUUAAUCAUUGUAAUGUAGUUUGAAUUUAACUCCAUAUAACUUGUAAAGAUGUGUUUCUGAGAUUGGAUUUGAUUGUUAAUGUACCUUUGCGUGGGGUCUGGGGGUCUGGGCACAUACCUUGUCAACACAGCCCUCAUCAGGAAGGCAUUUCUAGCUAGGUGACAAUAUUCCAUUAGUAGAAACAGGAGGCUGAUGUGUGUGACCAUAUUGGAGGGAAAGAAAAAAAAAAACUUAACCAUGUAUUAAUAUUAGCAUUAUGACUAAUUUCCCCCCAUUUAAGGAUUAAGUGAAGUUGCCCUCUCUGACCCAUGUGACUUGGUUUCUCUGGCAAUGCUUCUGAUCUCAGUCUUAAUGGCAGCAGUGAUGACGCUUUCUGUUUUAUCAAUGAGUUAGUGAAAUGUUUAUGGAAUCUAAAGACAAGUGUCAUUGCAGCUGAGCACCGAUUUUUGCCAUCGCCAUAAUCUUAGCCCUUUCACAGUAAGUUUAUGAUCCCCUUACUAUCAGCAUAACUAUGCAGAAGGUCAGCUCUGUGUUAUUACCAGUGAGAAGCUUGUAUGUGUGUGAAAUAAAUAAUAUAAAAGGCAAAAAAAAAAAACAAAAGAAAAAAGAAUUCUUGCAGUAUCGUGACAUUGGCUUUAGUUUCAGUGAUGGGCCUGUAAUGCCAUCACAGUAGCAGCUGGCUUGUGCUCCUGAACCACCUGCCUAGAGCUCCCGAACUGCACCACAGACUGUCACGUGACCUGCAGAGACAGGCACCAAGCGGACAAUGAGGAGCUCUACAGCGCGCCACCUCCGUUCUCGUCUUUGACUCCGGAGGGAAGUUUUUUUGUAUAUAAAACGGCUUCAGGUCCACUGUGCCCAAUUAUGGAGACUGCAAGAUAUCUGUACUUGCCUUAUUAAGGACACAUUACCUUUGAAUGGGUUCGCAUCCCUCUCCACAAACAUGGGCCAGUGUCCCCCCCCCCCCCCCCACACGUUGUUUUUUCAUCUCCUGUCCACACCCAACGCUUUCCCUGGAAUUGUUGGCGGGAUGCAGCAUAGCUGAUUCAACGGAAAACUUUAUUUCUGUUAUUUUCAAUAACUGCAGGAGUUUGGAAUUAUCUGAGUACCGGUGCAAAUAUUAUGCAGAGUACUUACUGAUGCACUAUAUUGCCCCUCACAAUGUUGUAGAAAUACAUUUUUUGGGCCAUUCUACAGUGUUUUCUUUCAAAAUUUAUAUUCUCUAAAAUGACAUCCAGAUUGUUUUUUUUUUUUUAAAUAUACAAAAUUAAAGGUUGAGUUGAACAUUAUCUUGUAGAUUGUCCUGUAGACUGGCCCCAGUACUAACAUGGCACUAGAAACAUCCUUGUUGUGAAAUAUAGUGAUGGGCAUAUAUUGUAAUGUUAAGAUCCAUCUUCCUUGUGUACUCUCAUAAUAUCAGUCACUCACUUGUAACCUGACCCACAGUAUAUAAUGUAUUGUCAACAUCACGUCAGUGGUAUAUGAAUGCUUUUACGUCGAAUACUCGCAUCUUUUAUGCUGGGGAGUGCAUAUCUCGUUCAGGUGGUUCCCUGUGUGUUUCUGGGCCCUUUGAUAGCCACAGAGAGUUUAGCACGGCCUUGUUUAAAAGCUGAAGCCAAUGGCCAGCUGUGGUGAUUGGUGGUUUGGCACCUCCACAGUGUUCCCUGUACUCUGGUCAGUUGACUGCUAAACAUCUUGCUGAAUUUUUUUUUUGGCAAAUUCCAUCUGACAGAACACAAACUUUGCCGCGUGUCGCCGGGGUAACAUCGCAAGCUGUAACCUGGUGGGGUUCUAAUCCCCUUUGUGUUAAAUCCAAAAAUUAAGUUUCAUGCUUUAUCUAUUGUGCAGAGAAAAGUUUCUCUGUGUGCAUCACUAUGGAUCACCAUUUGGAAAGGACAGCUGGAGAUGAGAGCUUCGUGCUUGGGGACAUUUAAGAGCACUUAAUUUGAAGGCUUCCACUGGGGAGCAGGGCUGCAGUUGCACAGUCCCGUCUUCAUGUUGUACCUGAUCAUCACUUCCUCCUGCGCAGGCAUCAGAGGUUCCUCGUGUGGCUGCCGUGUUUGCGUUUGUGUGGCAGGUGACCCCUCCCUGACGUGAGCAGAUGUGCGGUAACUGCACUGGCUCAGCGGUCCUGGACGUGCCUGUGGAGGGUGUUGUAAGGAAAACGCAGCAUUAGCCAGGGGAGCCCAGAGCCAGUCUGUCUGGCUGAGGCCUUUGGUAAAUAAAUUACAUUUCUCAUUUUGGAUAUAUUUAUUUCUUUAAUUAAAAGCUUCAGUUAACUUAUUGGAAACAAGAACUGUGUAAAGCCACCAGUGUGGUGUGUGAGGCCCCACAGUUCCUUUUCCUUUCUGUGGAAGAAAAAGAUAUCUACAUAUAUUUUUAAUUUUCCACUGUCAUGAAACUGCAUAGGCCUCAAACCACCAUCUUUCAAGAUCACGCAACCAGAGGAGCAACUUGAGGCCUCUUCGUUAGACACACAAAGGGUUGUCAUUUGACUUAACUGAAACGAAGGCUUUCGGGACCUUGCAGUGCUCAAUACUAGUGUUCUGGGCUCACUCUGGCAGAGAGGAUGGGAGUUUUCACUGUACAAGGAUUUGUUUAUUUUUUUGUGUCGUGUCAGAUAUGCUGUGACUUAUAGCUUCACUUAUACAAACGCAGGCCAGUUGUGGACUGUGUUUAAAAAAAAAAUAAAUAAAAUAUCCUGACUAAUUGUGGAUUCCUUAUCUGGCGCCAUAUUGUGGUGGGCAGGUUAUCAAGUUAUGCACCGUUGGCAUGCUUUGAAAUUUUUUUCUUUUCUUUUUAUUUUCAUUGCAAGAGUAAUUUUGACCAUGUACAGUAAUUUGUAAACUUGCAUCAAGUUUAUGAAUAAAGAAUUUUAAGAAA